AUGGCGCAAGGAACAAUCAAGAAAAGCAAAGCCGGUGCGCCGAAGGUAUCCCAGCGGAAACAGACCGGCAACCGUGUUAUCAAGCCGAAGAAGUCGGCGCUGGUGAAGCAGCAGCAAAUGACCAAGAAACACACUUCAGGCCUCACAGAGAUGACGGAGAAGUCUCUUGCGAGCAAAGCGGGACAUCUGGAGAUGCUGAGGGGAGGGAAGAAGGAUAGUAAAACUGGAGGCCCGAAGCAUGGGGCGACGAAGAAGGGGAAGUGA